UUUGAGAUUAUUUCUGUGAAAGUUGUAAUUAAUGAUUUGAAUGAUAAUUCCCCGACGUUUCCCCACAAUACGCAGGCUAUAGCUAUAUCAGAGGCGGCAGCCAAAGGUUCAUCAUAUAUGAUUGAAAAUGCAGUAGAUCAUGACAAAGGUGCAAAUAAUUCUAUACAGUAUUAUGAAUUUGUUGGAGACAAAAAUGUUUUUGACUUGCGUGUUGAACGUAAACUUGAUGAGAGUUUCUCAGUAAAACUUCUUGUUAUCUACAAAAUGAAAUCUCCGUUUUUGCUGCAACACUUCCUAUAUGUUACAGUAAAGGAAGAUACCCGUGAUGGCUCUGGUAUCCUGCAGAUCAGUGCCACGGACAAGGAUAUUAAUGAAAACAGUUGGUUACUUUACCGUCUUAGUCCACGGCAAUCAGAUCUCGAAGAAAUUAAAUCUCUCUUUUAUAUAAAUGAACACACUGGAGUACUAAGUAUAAUCGGUCAGUUAGUGUAUGACCCCAAAAAAGUUUACAAAAUAAUUGUUGAAGCCGUAGAUAGAGGUAAACCAUCAUUACCGUCCACCAAUCAGGCGGAGGUCACCGUUUAUAUCAAAGAUACAGGAAACAAUCCACCAACUGUGCAAAUUAACCUUAUAUCUAGUGGCACUGGACGUAUGGUUAACGUAUCUGAAUUCUCCUCAAAAGGAACUUUUGUUGCCCAUGUUGAAGUAAAAGAUAAAGACACCGGACAAAAUGGUGAUGUUAGUUGUUCUGUUGAUGAUGCCUUUUUCGCUCUUGAACCAUUAUCAAAUAAAGGAUAUAAAGUUGUUGUUGCUAAAACAUUGGAUAGUGAAAAACAAGAUCUACAUACUGUUGUUGUCACAUGUGAAGACAAAGGUAGUCCUGUUCUUAGUUCUUCCGAUAGUUUUCUUGUGCGUGUAACUGACGAAAAUGAUAUGGUACCAAAGUUUACAAAGAAAAAUUAUUUUGAAGAUUUCUAUGAAAACAAUGAGAGAGGUGAUUUAGUAAUUUCUGUGAGAGCAACAGAUGAUGACAAAAGUAAUACAAAUAAUUCUAAAAUUGAAUAUUAUUUAGAUCCAAUGAUGAAGGAUUAUUUCACAAUUGAUUCAAGCACCGGGACUAUUAGAGCUUUGGUCCCUUUUGAUCGUGAAGAAAGAAGUAUCUGGACAUUUAAAGUUUUCGCCAGAGAUUUUGGAAAUCCACGUCUAACUGGAAAUGCCACUGUUAAUGUUAGAAUUAAAGAUGAAAAUGACAAUGCUCCAAAGUUUACAAAUACAACUUUUAUCUUUUAUGUUCAAGAAAAUCUUCCAUCAGGUAGUGUAGCCGAUAGGUUGACAGCGAAGGAUUACGACGCUGAUGAAAAUGGAAUGUUUACAUAUGCAAUCUCGAAUACAAAAGAAACAAAACUUCCAUUUUUACUGUUUCCUGAUGGAGUUAUAAAAACCACAAUGGAAUUAGAUAGAGAAGCUAAAAGCUCAUAUGAAUUUCUUGUUAUUGCUAUAGAUAAAGGAAUUCCAAAAAGAACAAGUAGUGCUAAAGUAAUUAUAAAAGUUUCUGACGUUAAUGAUGAAUCCCGAAAAAUUGUCUUCCCUAAAAAAAAGACGUCAAUGACACUAUUAUUGUGUAACAACACACCGGUUAGUUCUGGUCCAAACACUAAUAUCAUUAUAGUAGUGGUGGUUAUUUUCUUAACGUUCUUUUUAUCGUUGGCAAUAAUAAUCGUGAUAUGUGUCAUAAGAAAGUUUGAUAGAGAUAGAUUGAAAACUCAGAAUAUUCAAAUAAACAAGCUUCCUAAUAACAUGACUGAGAUUCGAGACAAUACGGCCAAUGGUGUGAUCAUGACACGUCCAUAUGAUAAAGUCGACUCCCUGAAAAAGAGGAAAGAAGUUAGUUUUUCAUUUGAAGAUGAUUUAGACUGCAUGCAAGAUCAUGAAUUGACUUUCUCCAACAAUUCAGCGUUCAAUGAGCCAGUCACCGAGGUAACUCCAUUAUAUAGUUUUAAACCAUUUGUUAAGGCUAAACAAAAUUAUAUGAUUCCUUGUGAAAGAUAAUGUUCAUAAGUCUGACUUGCUUUGAUUAUAAUAACAGAAGGCCAGACCAAAUCAAAUAGUUGUUUGUCAGUGCUUC